CCGCCGAUCCAUACCGGAACAGGAGGACCGCCACCACCGUCAAGCCUCCCUGCCAGCCGCCUCUCCGUCGGCCACGCUGCAACCAGAGCAAGAUCCCGGCCCUCGUCGCAUCUCGGAAUGGCGACCCUGAGGAACCUGAAGAUCAAGACGUCCACGUGCAAGAGGAUCGUCAAGGAGCUGCGCUCCUACGAGAAGGAGGUGGAGAAGGAGGCCGCCAAGACCGCCGACAUGAAGGAGAAGGGCGCCGACCCCUAUGAUCUCAAGCAGCAGGAAAAUGUUUUAGCUGAGUCGAGGAUGAUGGUCCCAGACUGCCAUAAGCGACUUGAAGCUGCACUGACAGACUUGAAAGCAACUCUGGCGGAGUUGAAGGAGUCAAAUGAACAAGGCACUGAGAUCGGUGAGGCUGAGGCUACAAUCACUGAAGAAGCUGUCUACACGCCAACAGAAGCUGAAGAUUAAGCUCGCAACUUCCUUUUCGCUGAAAUGUCAGUAUGCAUUAUCAGACUUGCUCUUGUCGACAAGUUAGUCCCAUUUCAUAUGACGUUGACGCGAAAGCUUGUAUGUAUUACGACUCAUGAUCUGUCUCGAGAUGUGCAACUGGUAAUAUCACUGAAUAUGGUUAGGCGUUUAUGGUGUGCUGGAAAUGCUGCAUGUUGUUGGCGUUGUUCCAUUUGAGUAUCGGAUGAUGUUGCUUGUUGCUGCUUGUUUUUAGUUAUUGGGGUCAUUAUCUUU